UCUUAUUGCUUAUCUAUCUGCCUUGCAGAAGUUUCAGACUUUACAGAGUUCCAAACCCAAAAGGCCAAAGCUUUGAGAGAUAGGGUGACAGAAUGAGAAGCCUAACGCUCUCAGAGAGCGUUCUGGGUGGUGCACAUUCACCGUUUUCCAAACCACCCAAUAAGCCAUUAUGUUCUUCUUGCUAUUUGCAGUCUUUCAAAUUGCGCUCUAAGAAUCCCUCUCUUCAAAACCCAAGUGUUGUUUCAUCCAGGUAUUCAAGUAUGUGGCUUGCAAACAAAUGUGACGAAUGGUUCGGUGGCCUUUUACAAACUUCUGAUAAUUUAGAUGGCCUUGAGUCCCGUGACCUUAAUUACAAGAGGUGCAGGGUGAUCAGAGAACCAAUUGAUGCCAUGGAUGGUUCUGUUGCUUUAGAUAAAGCACCUGUGUCCACUCAUUUUUGGAAAGCUAUGCUGCUGUUUGGAUUUCUUACACUUCAAGGCUCUGAGCCGGCACUUGCUCUUCCUGAUCUUGCUAGUGCAUUGCAGUCAGUUCCUUUUCUGGGGGACCUUGGCGAUAUUAGCACAGGUUUUGCUUCAGCCUUCUUGCUGAUUUUUUUCUCAGAACUAGGGGACAAGACCUUCUUUAUUGCGGCACUUUUAGCAGCUAGGAAUUCUGCUGCUGUUGUUUUUGCUGGAACCUUCAGUGCACUUGCGUAUGUUAUCUGUUUGUGCAUGAUCACUUCUAUUUUGCUCUGUUUUUUUUUCCUGACAACUAAACAGUAUCUACAUAUGUUUUGGGCAAUGACCAUCAUAUCUGUUGGUCUUGGGCGAACUUUUCACUACAUCGAUGAAAUCCUACCAUUCAGGUUUGGCGAGACUGAUUUACCCAUUGAUGAUAUUGCUGCAGUUUUACUUUUGGUUUAUUUUGGGGUUUCAACCUUGCGAGAUGCCACCUCAAGUGAUGGUUUGAAAGCAGAAGAUGAACAGAGGGAGGCAGAGCUAGCCGUUUCAGAGUUUACAGGAAAUGGUGCUGGAAUACUAGCUGCUGCUAGCACAGUCAUUAGCACUUUCGCUUUAGUUUUUGUUGCUGAAUGGGGAGACAAAUCAUUUUUUUCUACAAUAGCACUUGCCGCUGCCUCUUCACCCCUUGGAGUCAUUGGAGGAGCACUAGCUGGUCACGGUGUUGCAACGUUGCUUGCUGUACUGGGAGGUUCUAUACUGGGAACAUUCUUAUCAGAGAAGACUAUUGCCUACGUCGGGGGUGUUCUUUUUCUUGUCUUUGCUGCUGUAACACUGGCAGAGAUAGUAAGUUGAGUUAUAAACGUGAAAAGGUGCCCCCAUUCUUUCUAAUCCAUCGGAAACAAGUGGUGCAUUGCUGUGAAUUUGUAAAUUUGACCAUAACUGCUCUAAUCGGAGUCAGAAUUUUGUUGAUUGUAAAUUUGUAAUGAUUGUCAUACUUGCUCUACUUGAUGAGAUGUUGCACAACGUUUGAUUCUUUUGGCAUGCUUUGUAAAUCAGCAAGGAAACAUUAUAUGCUUUUUUUUCAUGUCAGUUUUUAGGUGUUUACCAAAUAUACCGUGAUUACACAAAA